CACUGCUGUCGGGCCCGACAGGGGAGAGGUGGCCUAGCCGUAGGCCCGGGUGAUGUGUAUGGGAGUGGGGUCGUCGCCACGUUCGCCGCCAGCACCCUCCCAACUUCUCUCCGGGCUCCAGCUCAGUCCCGAGUCAAUAUGUCCAGCCCCCUGUUUCUGACCAGCCGUUCCUACUCUCUCUGUGUGACGGCUUAGCCUGGCCAGCCAGCCGGUGAGUGGAGGCGGCGGCUCCUGACUCCUGGUGGCGGCACUGUGACCCCCUCCCCCUCAACACUGCAAGUGUGUGCGGGGCUCCCCCUUAUUUUGAGGCUCCUCUUCUUCUUAGGCGGCCUCCACCCCAGUCCCUGGCCUGGCCUGGGAGGAAACAUCUGUCGCGCCCCCUGGCAGCCGAAAUGGGGUCAUGACCUCCAGAUGUGCUGGGAAGUGGCCAGCUCCUCCUCCUGGGGCAGCCAGGCCUUCCGGAUCUAUGGGGGCGGGGCCGGCCCUUCCCCCCACCCCUAGUGACACAGGCCCGGAGGAAUGUCCUGGCCUCAAUGGACCCUGUGUGAAGCUUCAGGGUGGGGGGCAGAGCCCAAGAACACCCCUCAAGGCAGCGCCAGAGCCUGGCACUGGGCCACAGCAAGAGGCAGCGCACAGGCUGGGUGCACACAUGCACAGAUCUCACUUCCAAGCGUGCAGAGCUCAGCCCACACGGAGCGGGGCUUGCACAGACCCCCUCCCUCAUGCCCUCCUACUCCUUCACACACUAUAGCCCAGGCCCGAGCGCUGAAUGUGCCCAGAGCUUGGCUCAUGGAGCCAGGGGCUACACCCAUCACACACACACAUAGCUAGCAACACUCACCUCACUCUUCUCAGUCAGCAGCCUUGGGAGGGGACAGAAAUAAUUAAACCCAAUUUUUUUCUUUGUUUUUUUGGAGACAGUCUCACUGUGUCCCGCAGGCUGGAGUUCAGUGGCGCGAUCUCGGCUCACUGCAACCUCUGCCUCCCAGGUUUAAGCGAUUCUCCUGCCUCAGCCUCCUGAGUAGCUGGGACUACAGGCGUGCACCACCACACCCGGCUAAUUUUUAUAUUUUUAGUAGAGACAGGGUUUCACCAUGUUAGCUAGGCUGGUCUUGAACUCCUGACCUCAGGUGAUCCCCCCGCCUUGGCCUCCCAAAGUGCUGGGAUUACAGGCCUCAGCCACCGCACCCGGCCAGUUAACCCCAUUUUAGAGAUGAGAAAACAGAGGCUCAAGGUCAGCAUGGGAGUUUAUUCAGGAGAAAUCAAGGUAGAAGGCACCUGGGCUGGGGAGCCCUUGCUCGGUUCUGGAGGCCCCAGACGAGGGGUGUGUGGAGCCCCUCCUCCACCCCCCUCCGGCCCAGCCCCGCAUGAUGUUGCUGGAUGCUGCAUGAAGACCCACCAUUAGAUGCCUGUACCCUCAGUGGAGGUUCCCCAGCUCCCUGUCCUCACUGCCUACUCCAUCCAGGGCUUGCCUGGGCGUGGCUUCCCUCAAGUUCUCACACCACCAUUUGCACCUGCCUCUGGCGUCACGUUUCCGCACUUAGCAGGUCCCUGGGGCUUUGGGUGUCUCAAUCUUGCAUCCUGUGAGACCUUGAACCUCAGCCCAACACCCACCCCCCAAAACCUACGCACAGACAGCAGUGGGCAGGUGCAGCCCUGCUUAGGGCCUGGAGAUGGGCAGACCCAGGCUCACAUCCUACCUCUGACACGGAAUUGCUUCAGGCAAGAGCAUCUCCUCUGGACCUCAUUUGACCAUCUGUCACAUGGGGUUCAGACCUCCCUGUCUGCAUCAGUGAGACCAGGGCAGGAACUGCUCCCACAACCUCAGGCUGGGCACCAAACACCCGUGCCCGCCAAUGCGGCCCAGCCCCCGGAGAGUCAGGCCCACAGAGCAUGCCCAUGUGGGCCGGCGGUGUGGGGAGCCCUCGGCGGGGCAUGGCCCCUGCGUCCACAGAUGACCUCUUUGCCCGCAAGCUGCGCCAGCCAGCAAGGCCCCCGCUGACACCGCACACCUUCGAGCCGAGGCCAGUCCGGGGCCCGCUCCUGCGCAGCGGCAGCGAUGCAGGCGAGGCCAGGCCCCCCACGCCAGCCAGCCCCCGUGCCCGUGCCCACAGCCACGAAGAGGCCAGCCGACCUGCAGCCACUUCUACCCGGCUCUUCACUGACCCACUGGCACUGCUGGGGCUGCCAGCAGAGGAACCAGAGCCUGCCUUCCCACCAGUGCUUGAGCCUCGAUGGUUUGCCCACUAUGACGUGCAAAGCCUGCUCUUUGAUUGGGCUCCGAGGUCUCAGGGGAUGGGGAGCCACUCAGAGGCCAGCUCUGGGACCCUGGCUUCAGCCGAGGACCAGGCUGCCAGCUCGGACCUGCUGCAUGGGGCACCUGGCUUUGUGUGUGAGCUCGGGGGUGAGGGUGAGCUAGGCCUGGGUGGACCAGCAUCCCCACCUGUGCCCCCUGCACUGCCCAACGCGGCCGUGUCCAUCCUGGAGGAGCCACAGAACCGAACCUCGGCCUACAGCCUGGAGCACGCAGACCUGGGUGCUGGCUACUACCGCAAAUACUUCUAUGGCAAAGAACAUCAGAACUUCUUCGGGAUGGACGAGUCGCUGGGCCCGGUGGCAGUGAGCCUGCGGCGGGAGGAGAAGGAGGGCAGCGGAGGGGGCACCCUGCACAGCUACCGCGUCAUCGUGCGGACCACGCAGCUCCGGACCCUCCGUGGCACCAUCUCGGAGGACGCGCUGCCGCCGGGGCCCCCACGGGGUCUGUCCCCAAGGAAACUUCUGGAGCACGUGGCGCCGCAGCUGAGCCCCAGCUGCCUGCGCCUGGGCUCAGCUUCACCCAAGGUACCACGGACGCUGCUCACACUGGAUGAGCAAGUGCUGAGCUUCCAACGCAAGGUGGGCGUCCUGUACUGCCGGGCGGGCCAGGGCUCGGAGGAGGAGAUGUACAACAACCAGGAGGCGGGACCGGCCUUCAUGCAGUUUCUCACCUUGCUGGGCAAUGUGGUGCGGCUCAAAGGCUUUGAGAGUUACCGGGCCCAGCUAGACACCAAAACGGAUUCCACAGGCACGCACUCCCUCUACACCACGUACCAGGACCACGAGAUCAUGUUCCACGUGUCCACUAUGCUGCCUUACACCCCUAAUAACCAGCAGCAGCUCCUCCGGAAGCGCCACAUUGGCAACGACAUUGUGACCAUCGUGUUCCAGGAGCCUGGCAGCAAGCCCUUCUGCCCCACCACCAUCCGCUCGCACUUCCAGCACGUGUUCCUAGUGGUACGGGCACACGCACCCUGCACGCCACACACCUCCUACAGGGUGGCCGUGAGCCGCACCCAGGACACCCCUGCCUUCGGGCCAGCUCUGCCUGCUGGCGGAGGCCCCUUCGCAGCCAACGCCGACUUCCGGGCCUUCCUGCUGGCCAAAGCGCUGAAUGGUGAGCAGGCGGCCGGCCACGCGCGCCAGUUCCACGCCAUGGCCACGCGCACCCGCCAGCAGUACCUGCAAGACCUGGCCACCAACGAGGUGACCACUACGUCGCUGGACUCGGCUUCACGCUUCGGCCUGCCCUCCCUGGGUGGGAGGCGCCGGGCGGCCCCUCGGGGCCCGGGCGCCGAGCUGCAGGCAGCGGGCUCACUGGUGUGGGGAGUGCGCGCGGCGCCCGGGGCGCGGGUCGCCGCCGGGGCUCAGGCGAGCGGCCCCGAAGGCGUCGAGGUGCCCUGCCUGCUGGGCAUCUCGGCCGAGGCUCUGGUGCUGGUGGCGCCGCGCGACGGCCGCGUAGUGUUCAAUUGCGCCUGUCGCGACGUGCUGGCCUGGACCUUCUCCGAGCAGCAGCUGGACCUGUACCACGGCCGCGGGGAGGCGAUCACGCUGCGCUUCGACGGGUCCCCCGGCCAAGCCGUGGGCGAGGUGGUGGCGCGCCUGCAGCUGGUGAGCCGUGGCUGCGAGACUCGCGAGCUGGCGCUGCCCCGCGACGGUCAAGGCCGCCUGGGCUUCGAGGUGGACGCCGAGGGCUUCGUCACGCACGUGGAGCGCUUCACGUUCGCCGAGACGGCGGGGCUGCGGCCCGGGGCGCGCCUGCUGCGCGUGUGCGGCCAGACGCUGCCCAACCUCCGGCCCGAGGCCGCUGCCCAGCUGCUGCGCUCGGCGCCCAAGGUCUGCGUCACCGUCCUGCCCCCCGACGAGAGCGGCCGGCCCCGCAGGAGUUUUUCGGAGCUGUACACGCUAUCGCUGCAGGAGCCCAGCCGGCGGGGGGCCCCAGAUCCUGUGCAGGAUGAGGUCCAGGGGGUGACCCUGCUGCCCACCACAAAGCAGCUGCUGCACCUGUGCCUGCAAGAUGGUGGCAGUCCUCCAGGGCCUGGGGAUCUGGCCGAGGAGAGAACUGAGUUCCUGCACAGCCAGAACUCGCUGUCACCACGCAGCUCUCUGUCCGAUGAGGCCCCAGUCCUGCCCAACACCACCCCGGACCUCCUCCUGGCCACCACAGCCAAGCCAUCAGUACCCAGUGCUGACAGUGAGACACCCCUGACCCAGGACAGGACAGGCAGUCCCAGUGGCUCUGAGGACAAGGGCAACCCGGCGCCAGAGCUGAGGGCCUCCUUUCUGCCACGUACCUUGUCUCUGCGGAACUCCAUCAGCAGGAUCAUGUCGGAGGCGGGCAGUGGGACCCUGGAGGACGAGUGGCAGGCCAUCUCGGAGAUUGCCUCCACUUGCAACACUAUUCUGGAGUCGCUGUCCCGAGAGGGACAGCCCAUCCCAGAGAGUGGAGACCCUAAGGGAACUCCAAAAUCUGAUGCUGAGCCAGAGCCUGGGAACCUCUCAGAGAAGGUCUCUCACUUGGAGUCCAUGCUCAGGAAGCUGCAGGAGGACCUGCAGAAGGAGAAGGCGGACAGGGCGGCCCUGGAGGAGGAGGUGCGGAGCCUGAGACACAACAACCGGCGGCUGCAGGCGGAGUCUGAGAGUGCAGCCACACGCCUGCUCCUGGCCUCCAAGCAGCUGGGCUCACCCACCACUGACCUGGCCUGAGCCAUCUGGAACCACCUGGGCCCCUGAGGGCACCGUGGUCACACUGGGCCCUCCUCAGGAACUCUCCCUGCGCAGAGGCGCGUCUUAGCACUGCCCCCCUCCCUAGCCCCUUAUUUGGUGGCGGAAGUGGCCUCCACCCCUUCCCUGUUUGUAAAUAUUCUGUGGAGAAAAGAGGACUUCAGGGAGCAAAAAAAGCCACUGCUGUCUGUGUCUGAACAUGUGUCCAAGACAGGGCAGGGCAAGGGGUUUUGCCUCCAGAGGCCCCAGCCAAACUCCUCGGACCAGUCAGGACAGGCCCUGGGAACACUGGCUCAGAGAUGGGCUGGCACUCACUGAGGGGUCCCUGAGGCCAGGCCACUGCUUGGCUUCUCUCCCACAACGUUUAUUUGGUUCCGCAGGGAAGCAGGUGGCCACACCCCACAGCUACCCUGGCCAUGCAUCACAAGGCCCUGUGCCUCAGUGCAGGCCUCACUCUUCUCUCUGAAGCCACUGAGCCCCCAGGCCUUGUCCUUUCUCUACCCACCUGGCCACUUCUUGCAGGGCCCAAUUCCAGAGGCGGUGGCAUCUCCGCCUCAGUUGACUGGGGCUGUUUCUAUGUCCUGGAGGAAACGGGCCCUUGACCCACUUCCCUCCUCACCAGCCUAUGGUCCUCUCUGUUCCUCGCGAGGCCAGGCCUUCCCCGAAGUGGCAUCAUCAAGUCCAAACUUGGGACUUUGUCUAAAUCCUUUGUUUUCUGGACCUGAGGCCCAGAUAGGGCAGACUUGCCCAGCAUCUCAUGCCUAUUCCAGUCCCUUCCCUAGGCUGGCUGAAACUCCAUGGUGAGACCUAGGCCCUGGGUCUGUUAACUUAGGUGCUGGCAGGAUGAGCUAGGCUCGGAGAAACAGAGCGUCUGAGGAUCAGGAAGGCUUCAUGGAGGAAGUAAUAUGAGGGCUGAGUUUUGAAGGUUGGGUAGGAGUUCACCAGGCAGAGACGUCAGAGGUAUCCUGGUAGGACCAGUCUGGCUGAGGCCUCCUGGACUAGAGCCAAGGCACACCCAGGAACCCAGCAUCAAAGAAGCCGGAUCAGAAAGGGUUGUGAAGGUGCACUAGGGAUCCUGGGUUAGCAGUUCCCAAGAUUGCCACUUUUUCCUGGUUGUGGACUAGUGUGGAAGGCUCUGGUCACUGAGGGUAUGUCUGCAGAAAACUCGGAUCUGGUCUUGUGGUUGAUGUUUGAAGGGAGGUUGAUGGGGUGAGAUCUGGAAAUCAGAGCUCUUUGGCUGCAGGGAGGCGGCUGUAGCCGCAGUCCAGUGGGAGGUCUAGUGGUGACUUAAACUCAGUGAUAGCGGUGACAGUGGGGAGAAGUGGCAGAUUUUCCAGGACCUCGUGGAAGGACUGGACGCAAGUUACUAAGGGAAGAGGCGGCAUCUAUGGUAGUGGCUAGGUUUCCGGCUGGAGCCCUUGGAAGGUGGCAGGGCCAGGGCUGACAGGGAAAAGGAGAGGCAGGCUGGGGAUGGCUGAGGUCAUUUGGAACAGGAUGAGUUUGAGAGGCCCGAGGACGUCAGAGUGGAGAUGUCCAGGGGCUGGUGCGCAGGGGAGAGAGAUCUGGGUUGGAUACGAGGACCUGGAGCUGCUGAGCCAUGAGCAUGAUGGGGUCAUUCAAGAAUGAGAGAAGAACCAGGAGAGGUCUUCGUGGGUCACGGGAGGUCGCGGGACCGAGAAAGCCAAGACGAGGGAGGCGCAGCCUGGGCUGCAGGGCCUUGGCUCCCUGGUUUCCCUCUGGGCCUCGGGUCGCGGACCUCCGGUCGGGGUCCCUGCGCAGCUCAGCCGUCGGCUUCCUCAGCGUUAGGAGCCUUCUCACACCGCCCGCUUCCUCCCCGGCCCCGCCUCCCAGGCGCUCCCCGGCAGCCUCCCCCGGGUCCUGACCUGGCCACCCCGAGCCCGGGCUCCGCCCCUCGCGUGGGAGCUCCGCCGAGGCCCGCCCUCGCUCCAAGCCCCGCCCCUAGUCGCCCCCCGGAGCCAGAGCCCCGGGGAAAGCGCCACUUCCUCGACGGAGUUGGCCUGCCGUCUCGCAGGCGCCGCCCGUCGGAACCUGCACCCAGGGCCUUUUCUGUUCCUAGGAGACUCGCUGAAUUUUGGGACGCGUCCCGCUGACGAUAACUCCUUUUCCCCUGCUAUUGUCCUCCCGCGACGGUGCGAAGCCCAAAGGAAGACGCCAUCGGCCUCGGCGGGGAUUUUCCCCAGACGCUGGACCCGGCCUCCGGUUGCCGAGGGCUCCUUGGGCGCCUGCGCAGUCGAGAAGGGGGCCCACGCCGGCCGGCGCUUUUUGCUGCUGCGCUUGCGCUGGGGCAAAGCGGAAGUACGUCCAGCUGUAGCCCUGUGGGCUGCGGCUGGGCCUUUGUUUUGGCUUCCUGAGGCUGUGGAUUGAAGAUUUCACCGUUCCUCCCAGAACAGAGUAUCAAAGCAUCGGUGGGCGGGGUAGAUCUUUACCUGGCACCACACAUUCCCCAAGAAAAGCACACACUCCCUGGGCCACCCAAGGAAUUUGGCCCCAUCACAUCUUUCAAACAUCGUUUCUCUUACCUCUGACGCUGGCUAGUCCCUCUUUGAGAUCCACGCUCAGCUGAUCUAAGACCUGGAGCUAAUGGGGCCUCUUGGAAGACUCCUGAAACUGCUCCAUCCCCACAGCCAGCGGGCUCUACUAGGCUCUCAGUAUGCUAGGACUCUUGCCUUAGCUGCCCGUUUUCAUCCACUGGACGGUAACUCGGGGUUUCCAAGGGCAUUCUCAGACUGCAAGCUCUCAGAGGACAGUGCACGCAUUCACCCAGCUCUCUACCAC